CGCCCCGCAGGGGUCCGGGGGAGGAUCGGCGGAGCGCCGCCGCUUCGCCCCGCGCUCGACGGGGCCGGGGGCCGCCGGUGGCCGUCGGUCCCCAGCUCGUCCGCGCCGCCGCGAGAGAGAAGGGAAGAGACGAGAGCCCGGCUGAGCGGCGGGAGAUUAUGGCGACGUGAGCGGCGGAGCAGACCCCGACCCGAGUCCCCUCGCCCCGGCGCAGUGCAGAGGUUCCCCCGGCGCCGCCGCGGCUCGGAGCGGCCUCCGGCUCCCCAGCCUUUCUGAGCGCGAGCAGCCGAGGUGCGGCAUUGAAACGGACGGCUCCUUGAGCCCCUUCUAGCCGAGGCGGCCCCGCUGGCCGACAGCUCAAACAUUCUCUACCUUGGAGACUCUUUCUCUCCCUUUUGUUGAUAAAGAUGAGAAGAAAGUGGGGAUUGGAGGAUUUUCAUUUUAUCUUUUUUGGUGUGCUCUGUCUCCUGCUCAUAGACGGAGGUAAACUAGAACAAGGAAAACAUUCAGAUACAUACUGUGUGUUUCAAGACAAGAAGUACCGUGUAGGAGAAAGAUGGCAUCCUUACCUAGAACCCUACGGACUUGUUUACUGUGUUAAUUGUCUCUGCUCAGAGAAUGGAAAUGUACUGUGCAGCAGAAUAAGAUGUCCAAGCCUACACUGUCCUUCCCCUGUGCACGUACCACAGCUGUGCUGCCCGCGAUGCCCAGAAGAUUCGCUGUUCUCAGUAAGCAGCAAAAUCACUGGAAAAUCAUGUGAAUACAAUGGCACCACCUACCAUCAUGGCGAAAUGUUUGUGGCAGAGGGGCUUUUCCAAAACAGGCAAGCAAACCAGUGUGCCCAGUGCAGCUGCUCAGAAGGAAAUGUGUACUGUGGGCUGAAGACCUGUCCCAAAUUAACUUGCUCUUUCCCAGUUUCUGUUCCAGAGUCCUGCUGUCCAGUUUGCAGAGGAGAUGGAGAGUUAUCCUGGGAGCAGGCUGAUGGAGAUAUCUUCCGGCAGCCAGCCAACAGGGAAGCUAGACACUCUUACCACCGCUCCCACUAUGAGCUGUCACCCAGCUCCACCAGGCAGGUAGUCAAUGUUCCACGAUUUCCAAGUGCCAGGAGUAACCGCGGAGUCCUACCAGAUCCCCAGCAAGCAUCAGGAACAAUAGUACAGAUUGUUAUCAACAACAAGCACAAGCAUGGACGAGUUUGUGUUUCAAAUGGCAAAACAUACUCCCACGGUGAAUCUUGGCAUCCUAAUCUCCGGGCCUUUGGAAUUGUAGAGUGUGUGUUGUGUACCUGCAACAUCACCAAACAAGAGUGUAAGAAAAUUCAUUGUCCAGAACAAUAUCCCUGCAAAUACCCUCAGAAAGUGGAAGGAAAGUGCUGUAAAGUCUGUCCAGAAGAAGUGCCAAGUCAAAGCUUUGACAACAAAGAUUACUUCUGUGGGAAAGAGACCUUUCCCGUCUAUGAAUCCAUUUUCACAGAGGAAGGAGAAACCAUCAGAAAAAUUGCAGUAGAGACUGAAAAGUCACCACAAAUAGAAAUACACGUGUGGACAAUCAGAAAAGGGAUUCUCCGUCAUUUCUACAUUGAGAAAAUGUCCAAGAGGGAAUUUGAAGAGCUUCCCUACUUCAAACAGAUAACAAGGACAACCUCUAGCCAGUGGAAAAUAUUUAGCGAGGGAGAAGCUCAGAUCAGCCAAAUGUGUGAAAGCAGAGUGUGCAGGACUGAGCUCGAGGAUUUGGUAAAGGUUUUGUACCUUGAGAAGUCUGAAAAGGGUCACUGUUAAGGGAGACAGCACUGGAGGGAGAAACACAAGAAAACUUAUGAAAACUUGGAUCUGCAGCUGGACUGCAGGCUUAUUUUGCUUAAGUCAACAGUUGCCCUAAAAACCAAAACUAUAAUGCAGUAAUUAUUCACAUCAUGCACAGCAAAUUUGCUGCUUUCUGUGUAGUGGUCUGUGUCAAUCGUUCAAAUAUCUCCUCCAGAAUUCUAGGAGGCUCUGUGUUACUGGUGGGGGAAGCAGAAAGAGAGACUGUAUUUUCCCAGAGUUGCAUUUCUUUACAAGUUAAAAAGAGAAAACAGAAUGCUUUUAUUAUUUGGCAAGUUUUUCAAACUAAUGAAAAGAAGGACACCUAAUAAAUGUGCAGGAGCUGUGGAGAACAUUAUUUCCUGUGCCGAGCUCAUACCAUUUCUGGAGUUGAAAUGGCUUGUGGAUUUCUUUUUAAGUAGUGGAAGAAAAAUACAAGUGCUACAGUACUUGUGUUGGAGACAUAAAAAACAGAUUUAAACUAACAAACUCCUAAGCAGCCUGCCUUUGGGAUGAUGUCUUGUAGUUGAACAAAUGGAGUCCAUAAACUGAACAGCAGGUGUUAGUGGCAAUCACUCUAUUUUUGUAGCAACUUGAGCAAACGUUCACUUGUAAGUGGUUUUCACUGUUUUCACCACCCACUUCUCUAAAAAAAUGUAGGUAUUAUCUCUCAAUCACAGCCCUAUUAAAUUCAUUCUUCUGGGCCUGAUUAACACGUGAUUUUGGCUAAUAGACUGCCUUGUAAAGCGAUGCUGAAGAAGGUGGUGAAGUACUUGCAGCACUUUCAGAAUUCCUAGGGCACCUCCCACUUAAUAACUCCUUCGUUACAACAGAGCUUAAUUUAUUUGUUCUGGUUUGUUACAAAGCUAAUCUGCAUUUCUUUUUUGAUGAUGACUUCCCAAUUCUCAAGCUUCAAGGACAGAUUUCCCCCAUGACAAAUACCAAACAGCUACAGCAAGCCUUUAGAACACAGUAGCCCUAUGAAAACUCUUAUCUUUGUGAAAAAGAAUUUUGAGAUACUCUGUUAAACUUAGUAUAGCCCAUCUACAGUGUUUAAGAAAGGUGGCUGUCAUCUGCCAAGAAAAAAAAAAAAGCAGAAGGCUGUUAUUUUGAAAAAUUAUUUUCUCUGAAGAGUCACCAUAAUGCUGCACUGCCCCGGGCUGCAGUGUUCAGUGAAUUCCCAAGAAGCAAACGACUCUGCCUGCUUUGCCUCCAUUUUCUGCUCCACAAGUGGGAAGGAACACCGCUGUUCAAACACACGCUAGGAAACAAAGCUUUGUGGAAACAAUCUGAACCAGGGGCUGGGCCUUCACAGGGAGUGAAGUCACAGCGACUGCGAGGAUUUUGAGGUUUGUUGUUCUGCCAGCAACAGCACUGCAGGGUGUACCCAUUUCUAAAGGGAUGGAGGUGUGGGAGAGCACAGUGCUGAAUGCCACCUCCCUGCAGCUCCUUCGCCAGCCUGCCAGGUGCUGCCCAAGUCCUGCUCUGCUGCAGGCAGCGUGGCCUGGGGCUACCCAGCAAAGAGGAGCAAGUAAGAAAAACAGGCUGAAAGGGGCAGGAAAGCUGGAGGGAACUGUGAGUGAUCAAGGCUGUUGUAACUCCAGGAUCCUGCAUAUAAUCACCACACUGUCCCUAGGCCUGGGCGCAGAGCGGCUAACAUAGAGGAACGCUUCCCUCCCUGCCGAGCGCUCGAACCAGUCCACCGUGUCAGGAAAACAUGCUAAAAAGGGGAGCGUGCAGGUGGAUUUGCAAUAAUAAAACUAGUCUGAUGUCAGUAAGAACCAAACCUCAUCAGGCUGCAGUGAGGACAGCUGCUCCAGCACAGGUCCUGCACAGACAGCCCUGCCAGCAGAACGGCCCAGCAAGGCCACAGGGAGCCCCUCCUGCUCUGACCUGCUGCAGGGCCACUCCUCACACUGCUGGCCAUUUCACCCCUUUGGAAAUCCCCUUUUCCCGAGGCGCUGCUGCUGGGCCCAGCUGUGCCUCUGCAGCCAUGUGACAGCCCAGCCUCUCCUCACAGAGCCCAGCAGGACAGACACCACUACCGCUGGUAAUGUGCUGCGUGCACAGAGACUGAAUGGGCACCUGGCCAUAAGAAAGACAGAAAUUGGUUCCAUUGAGUUUCCAUGGUAUCACUGCCUCCAUAAGUGCUGUGUGCGUGUUUGGAAGUGGAGUAGGGCAUCCUAACCGAGGUCGCGAGGCCUUACUGCACCAGAGGUCACUGCAAAAGAAUUAACUGCGGAAGCACCUGCUUGGUCUUAGCAAAACCCACAGCACGUGACAUCUAUUGAGUUCGAAUGUGCUGUAGAAGUGCUAAAUCUCACUAGAACUCUUCUGAUAAGCCAUGAAUUAUCCUGAUCUUUCCUUUGGUGAAGACGCCAUAAGGAAGACUGAGGAAUUGUAGUGAUCUGGCGGGAAGAGCAGCAGCUGCCUUCUCACCUCACGGGCACAGUCUGUAGCAGUAGCUGGUGAACAGAGACCGAGGGGAAAGUGUACAGUGUUUGUGUUUUUAUGAAGGCAGCAAUCAGCUUUUUGUAUUUGUGACAGGACUGGUGGAGUCCAGAUUGUGUAUUUAUUUUAUCAUAAACACUUUCUAAGAAAAGCAAAAAAAAUCAUAAGCACCAUUUAGUAAAAUGCAGUGUUGCAUUUUUACAGUUUUUCAUCACAUAGGGAAAUAAAAUACACUGUCAUCAUGCUUCCAAUUCUUUUCAUGGGACGUAUGACUGUUACGGUACUUAUUUAUGUACUUGUAUCACUUCAACCUGGUUUUAUAAGUUAAUAAACUCUAAAGUUGUUAAAAAA